CCGGCCAACUUCGUGGGACAAGAAGCCAUUCCCGUCGGCGCUGGACUCACCCUGAGUCAUCAAACUUGCCUGAACUGCCAUGGCCCUUUGGACAUACACCACUGGAAUGCACAAGGUCACUGCCCGAAUGCGUGCCACUAUUGCGGUCAAUAUGCCCACCCUGGAGAAGUAAGUCACCCUCUCUGCUACCAUACAAUAACUAACAGUUUAGCCAUGCCAUUUGCUCUGGUGUUCGUAUUCCUUUUGGAAGAAGCGUCUGAGGGGAGGACACAUACCCCAUCACAUGCAAAUUCGGCCGAGUGCGCCAGAAGCGAAGAUGCUCAUAUCUCUGGGCCAUCGAGGUUUUGAGGGUGUUAACUCGAUGUAUCUUGCCAAGGACACGUUGCCAUCUACGAAGCGCACUGCAGACGAUGCCGAGCUCUCCAUGCAUCACGACGAUGCCAAGCGAUACAAGCAAACAACAGACAAGCUUGUGGCCGAUAUUUCGCGCGAACUCUUUGCCGAGAAGAACCGAGCAAACAUGUUGAAGGACCAGCUUGCAAAACAGGAUGCCCAGCUUGCACAACAGGAUGCUCAGAUGUUGCAGCUGCAGCGGGAGCUCGCCGCCCUAAAGAAGCUGCCGCGCCAGUCAAACACGACAUUGUCGACUACCGUUGCCCUAGAGACGAAGGCCAAGACGGCUGUUGACGUGCUGCGAACUGCGGCUGCCUUGGAGGGGCAGAAGAAGGCGAAGACGGCGAUUGACGUUCUGCGGACUGCGGCUGCCAUGGAGACGAAGACGAAGACGGGUGCUGACGUGCUGCGGACUGCGGCUGCCAUGGAGACGAAGACGGGUGCUGACGUGCUGCGGACUGCGGCUGGCCUGGAGGGGGAGAAGACGGCGAAGACGGCGACUGACGUGCUGCGGGCCGCGGCUGGCCUGGAGGUGGAGAAGAAGACGAAGGCGAUGGAAGUGUUGCGGACUGCGGCUACCUUGGAGGGGAAGAAGAAGACGGCGACUGAGGUGCUGCGGACUGCGGCUGGCCUGGAGGGGGAGAAGAUGGCUGAUGACUCGGUGGUGCCACCGAGUCAGACUGGAAAGGGUGACGAGGAGGAUGAUGAUGACUCGGUGAUGACACCGAGUCAGACUGAAGUGGGUGUUGAGAAUGAUCUGGGGGAUAGCGACCUGUUUUUGGACGACUCUGCGGAAGAAGAUGACAAGGUAGCCUGGUACGACUAGCGUCCCAUUGUUGGGCAGUGCCACAAUACAAUCCCGUGCCUACACUUCCUUGCCAUAACCAUAUUUGCCUAAUGAGUUGAUAGUCACAAUAACAGCUUCACGAC